AUGCGCCUUAUAAGCCUCCUUCCGUUCUUGCAGCUGGCAUGCGCCACCGUGCUCGUCAAAUAUGAUGCGGCCGUAGGAGAUGAUCCGAAGGUCCUUGGUCUUCUCAAUCUUGAGGGAUGGGAACGCGCUGAUUGGCCUUCGGGCAAAGGCAUGAAUAACUCUGUGUACUUCGAAACGAAGAAGGACCCGGCCGGUGUGGCAGCUGCUCAUGUCCACAAGGAUGCUCACUUCACACGCGCCGAGUACCACGCGUUGAAGGGCAAGACGACCAAGAACGCCGUGUACUACAUUGGCUAUAAAGUUCGUUUUGACGCCGUGGAGGCCGGGACCAUUGUUUUCCAGUGGAAGAACUACGACGGUCAGACUGUACCAACUGAUAACAUUCCCGCUGCACUUGUCUUUAGAAAAGAUCCCAACGGCGACAAGGCCCACACGAUUCACUUUGGCGUGCAACCCGACCCUACCAAGAAAGGCGCUGACACGAUCUGGACCAAAACAUUGACCAUGGGCAAAACUUAUCGAUUCGGGAUUGUCAUCGAUACCCAUGAGAAGGGCUUCGUCCAACUGUACUUCAACGGUGAUUUGGCCACAUUCAUUCACCCAACUACGGGAGAGCACGUCCAGAAGCUGCCCGGAAACUACUGGCCUGGCCCCAUCGAAAGUUCUGACCCGAAGGUUGGUCUAUACGGCGCAAACACGAACAAUGCCUGCGACUCAUAUAUCUACAACGUCGUCAUUGGUACAGCGCUUUCAGAUAUUGCCGCCGUUGCUGGAAUUUCCACC